GAACUUAUCCACACCCCGUCGCCUUAAAAAGAAUCAAAAUCUCCUCCAUUUCCAACCACUCCGCCUUACCGCGCUUUUCUCCCCCACGGCGGCAAUGAGCGGCCUCACCACCACCUCCGCACCGCCGCGAUUACUCGCAUUCCCUCCACGACGCCGUUUCACCCACCACUCAUGGACUUCCCUUUCCAUCCCCAAACCUCAUCCCAGAGCUCCACGAAUCACUUGCAUGGCGGCACCGUAUUUGAUUACGAAGCUGGAAUCUGCGGAGAAGACAUGGAAGGAAUUAUCGGUCAAGCUAGCUGAUCCAGACAUCGUGUCGAAUCCCAGUGAGUACCAGAGGCUGGCGCAAUCCGUGGCGGAGCUCGAUGAGGUUGUGUCAAUUUAUAAGGAGUAUAAGGACUGUGAGAAGCAGUUAGAGGAGAGUAAAGCUUUGGCGGAUGAGGAUGGAAAUGAUGAAGAAAUGGCGGCUAUGAUUUCGUACGAAAUUGAAUCUUUGUCCAAUCAAAUCAAAGAACUUGAGGAGAAGCUUAAGACGAAACUCCUUCCUACAGACCCUCUUGAUGCCAGAAAUAUAAUGCUUGAAGUAAGGGCUGGUACUGGUGGUGAUGAAGCUGGAAUCUGGGCAGGUGAUCUUGUUCGUAUGUAUGAGAAGUACUGUGAGAGGAACAAUUGGAAGUUCAACCCAGUUUCAAGCACAGAGGCUGAAAGAGGAGGAUACAAGACCUAUGUGAUGGAGAUAAAAGGAAAGCGUGUAUACAGCAAAUUAAAAUAUGAGUCUGGUGUUCACCGGGUUCAACGUGUUCCUCAUACGGAAACACAGGGUCGUGUGCAUACUUCCACUGCAACUGUUGCCAUCAUGCCUGAGGCGGAUGAAGUUGAGGUGGUUAUUGACCCAAAAGAUAUUGAACUGACAACAGCAAGGUCUGGGGGAGCUGGAGGGCAGAAUGUCAACAAGGUGGAGACAGCUGUUGAUCUUGUCCAUAAGCCAACUGGCAUCCGCAUCUUUUGUAGUGAAGAGAGGUCUCAACUUCAGAACAAGCAUCGUGCUUUUCAGUUGCUGAGAGCAAAAUUGUAUAAAAUAAAACUGAGGGAGCAGCAGGAACUGAUUAGGAAUCAACGGAAAUCACAGGUUGGGACCGGUUCUCGUGCAGAAAAGAUUCGAACAUAUAAUUUCAAGGACAAUAGAGUCACUGACCACCGGUUGAAGAUAAACUAUGAGCUCACCGGUUUUCUUGGUGGUGAUAUAGAUAACGCAAUUCAGGCCUGUACUUCUUUGGAGCAAAAGGAGCUUCUGGAAGAACUUGCUGAAUCUGUAGGAGCUCCAGCUGGGUAA